AAAGGCUCUUUCCUUGUUGUUCGGAAUACCAAUUUGCCGAGACGGUGACUACACCAUCCCGAAACGGCAGCGUUUUCUCCUCACCUUGACGUCCGAGGCGUCUUCAGAUCCACUUCUCCACCGGCGAUCUCAUCUUCACCGGUGGUUCCCGCGUUUAAAUAUCUUCCUCCUCAUUCAUUAAUUAGCACAGGCUCCCCACACUUGUUCAAUAUAAGUAGGUUCAUGGUUAUUCAGUGUCCAAUUGCAGCUUAUGCUGGUAAAACGUGUGAUACAAGAAGUUGAUGGCAUCUGGUGAAGGUGAUAUUGGUGGAGUGAUGGAGAGUCGUGUAGAAGAUUCUUCUAGAUCUGAGGAGAAUUUUUCUGAUAUGAAUCAUCAAAGCAAAGAUGGAAGUGAUGCAAAUAUUCUAUUGGAAAAUGGCUUAUCUGAUGGCAAUGAUGGUUCGGGUGAUACUCAUGAUCAACUUCUGCAAAUGGUUGUUGACCUCAAAUUUCAGAAUGAAUUCAUGAAGUCUCAGUUUGAGGGAUUUAGCAAUGUUAAUAGUGUUAGUAGUGACUCUAGUAUACAGAAAGGAGUUGGUGGAAUCGGAGAUGGGGAAUCUGACAUUGUGAAGGAACUGCGGGAAAGGAUAGAAUCAUUGAAUAAAGAGUUUCUGGAAGAAAAGCAAACAAGAAUUGCAUCCGAAAAAGCUUUGGAGCACCUUCAAAUUGCAUACUCAGAUGCAGAAGCAAAAGCCCACGAACUCGCUGAAAAGCUUGUAAAAGCUCAAAACAAUUUGGAACAUGAAAUAAAAGAACGUGAGGAGAAGUACUCUGAACUUGACUCCAAGUUUAAUAGGCUUCACAAAAGGGCAAAACAACGCAUUCAAGAGAUUCAAAAGGAAAAAGAUGAUAUUGAGGCACGAUUCUCCGAGGUAAAUGAAUCUGCUGAGCGGGCAACUUCCCAACAGUCAGCAUUGCAACAAGAGUUAGAGCGCACAAGGAAACAAGCAAAUGAGGCACUGAAAGCCAUGGAUAGUGAUAGACAACAAUUAAGAAGUGCAAACAACAAGCUUCGAGAUACCGUUGAGGAUUUACGGCGUUCACUGCAACCUAAAGAAAGUGCUCUUGAGGCAUUGCAAUCAUCACUUGCUGAAAAGGAACAGAUGCUGGAAGAUAUGAGAGGAUUACUUCAAGCUGCUGACGAAAAAAGGCAAGCUGCCCUAGCUGAGCUCUCUGCUAAACAUCAAAAGAAUAUAGAGAGUUUGGAGGGUCAACUCAAUGAUGCUUUGUCUGAUAGAAGUAAGGCAGCUGAAUCCAUUUCUUCACUGCAGGUUCUAGUUGCAGAGAAAGAAUCUAGAAUUGCAGAGAUGGAGGUAGCAUCAACUGGGGAAACAGCACGACUCAGAGCAGCCAUGGAAAGUGUGAAGGGGGAGAUUUCUCACCUAAAACAGGAGCACGAAAAAGAAAGGGAAAGCUGGGAGGCUGCAUCUCAGGCACUUAAAGUGAAGCUCAAAAUUGCUGAGAGCAACUGUAUACGUGCAGAAGUUGAAGUAGCAAAAAUAAGAAGUCAGCUUGAAUCGGAGGUAUCUGCACAAGCCAAGAUCCUCAGUAAGAGAGAUGCUGAAUUGUUGGCUGCCAAAGAAGAGAUUAGCAUUCUUGAGAAGGAAUUUUCUUCAUACAAGGCUCGUGCACAUGCACUUCUUCAAAAGAAGGACGCAGAUCUGGUUGCAGCUAAAGAUUCUGAGCAAGUCAAAGCUCUUGAGGAAGCUCUUAAAGAGGCUGAAAAUGAAAUAAUAUCAAUAACAGAAGAAAGGGAUAGAGUUGUUCAAGAUCUUCAAUCUGCCAUGGCUAAUAAUGAGAAAGAACUUGAAGAAAGAGACAAUGCCCUUGAAAAUGCCAAGCAACAGAUAAGGAGCUUAGAAAUAAAGCUCGACUCACUUAGUGCUCAACACCUAAAAGAGAAAGAGGAAUGGGGACUAAGCCUUCAAAAUGUAGAAGAAACAUGGAGAAUCAAAUGCGAGGCAAUGAAGGCUGAAAGCGAAGCAACUGCUGCAGAACAUAUGCAAAAGGAAUUGGAAGAGCUCAAACAGAGAUGUAAAAAGUUGAAGGAAGAACAUGCUUCAUUUCAUGAUCUCGCUGAUAGAAUGAUUGAGGAAAAAGACAAUGAAAUAUCCAGACUUUUGGAUGAAAAUAAGAAUCUCCGUCAGUCUCUUCAAUCAAGACCUCUGGCCAAUCAAAAUGAUAACUACAACACAGCCUUGCAUAAAUUGGAUUCAACUAAUUUAAGUCCCUCAGAUGCAGAACAUCAAAUUCUGAUUUUGGCUAGACAACAAGCCCAAAGAGAGGAAGAGCUAGCACAGUCGCAGCGCCAUAUUUUAGCUCUUCAAGAAGAAAUUGAGGAGCUUGAACAUGAAAAUCGUCUCCAUAGCCAACAGGAGGCAAUGUUAAAGACCGAGCUUCGCAACAUGGAAAGAGCAAAGAAAAGGGAAGGUGUAGAUAUGACAUAUUUGAAAAAUAUUAUCUUAAAGCUUCUCGAGACAGGUGAAGUGGAGGUAUUGCUACCAGUUAUUGGGAUGCUGCUUCAGUUUAGUCCAGAAGAGAUGCAGAAAUGUCAACAGACAUAUCAAAACUCAACAGAUGUUCCACCAAGUCCUGCAAGUGAUGCAUCAGGAUCUGGCCUUUCUCUCUUUUCAAGAUUCUCGUUUUCUUAAUGACACAAAUGGAAGUGUUGGAGAAUUCUUUUGUUGGCAUUAGAAUGCCUGCUUUUCAGCGGAGUAUGUUUGCUUACUCACCACUGUUACUGACAAAGCAGGUUUGCAUCUGUAAAUUAGAAAAUAUAUCUUGGUCACAACAGCAAUUGUUCAAUGCAAUAAUUUGGAAGUUGACAACCUGUAAAGAAACAUCGAGGAUAAUAUACAACGGGGAGGAACAACACACAGGACUUAGUGUUUUUUGUCUGGCCCAGGGAGCUACAAUAUAAUUAUUUUUUUAUGGUUGAAUGUAUUAAGUCAAAGCUUAUUGCUAGAAAAUUGUAUCAUAUGCAUUUUCAAUAUGACUAUUUCAAAUGAAUGAGAAUUCUCCAUUUGAGUUCAUACUUAAUUACAGUA